AUGGCCAUGGGUUUCGCGAGAUCUGUAUUGUCUCUUCUGUCGUUUACAGCUAUUGUUGUACUUUUUGUUUCACUUAGUGCUGCUGAGGCUUCGAUUCACGUCUACGAUGCUGAAAUCUUCAAGGAGGUUGGAAAUGCUUAUCUCCUCUCUGGAGGUAGCGAGGGAAUUGUAGCUUCUCCAGCUGUUCCUCCUGUUUCUGCUGAGCAGCAUUUCAGAUUGGGGAUCCACGAUGGCCUUUCCUAUAUCCGGUUUGAGAAUAUCACCUUCUGGAGGAGUAAGGAAGUUACUGACAAGAAUUCAAAUAUGGAACAUAGCACGGGCCUGGUUCAGGCUAUUAUUUUUGAGGCAGCUGAUAGGGAUAAUAUUGGUGGUUCUGCUUAUGGUGGACAAAGGUCAAUAUGUUGCACACCUGAUUUGGCAAAGCUUGAAGGUUGUAAGCAAGGUGAAGUUAUUAGGAGACCUUCUGCUGGGGAUCUUGACUGGCCUAUUGUUUUAAAUACACAGUUCAGUGCGAAUUAUUUGUCUACAAAUAUGGAUUCUAAAGAGAUUUACAUUACAAAGAGUGGAAUGUAUAACUUGUUCUUUAUAUCCUGUGAUCCGAAUCUCAAGGGGUUGGUGAUGAGUGGGAAGACAUUGUGGAAGAAUCCUGAUGGUUAUUUACCUGGGAGGAUGGCACCACUGAUGAAAUUCUAUCAAUUCAUGUCAGUUGCAUAUUUAGUACUCAGUCUAAUAUGGAUUUCUCAGUAUGUGAGAUUUUGGAAGGAUGUAUUGCAGCUUCAGAACUACGUCAGCAUUGUUAUUGUUCUUGGUUUGUCGGAAAUGACUCUUUGGUAUUUUGAGUAUUUAAAUUUUAACAAUACAGGAAUUAGGCCAAUUGGAAUUACAACUUGGGUUGUUACAAUUGGAGCCAUAAGGAAAACAAUUUCGCGUGUUCUUAUACUCUCUGUUUCUAUGGGAUAUGGCGUUGUAAGACCUACUCUUGGAGGUCUUACCUCAAAGGUUCUUCUUCUUGGAGUAACCUAUUUCUUGGCAACAGAGUUACUAGAUAUCACUGAAUAUGUGGGAACUAUCAAUGACAUAUCAGGGAAAGCAAGACAUCUCCUGGUUCUUCCUAGUGCAUUCCUGGAUGCAUUUUUAAUCUUAUGGAUUUUCACUUCUCUUUCAAAGACAUUGGAGCAGCUACAGGCAAAAAGAAGUGCUGCUAAGUUGGAUAUUUAUAGAAAAUUCUCAAAUGCAUUAGCAGUAGCUGUGAUUGCUUCAGUUGCUUGGAUCGGUUAUGAGGUAUAUUUCAAAGCAACAGAUCCAUUCAGUGAGUGGUGGCAGAGCGCUUGGAUAAUCACUGCUUUCUGGGAUGUUCUUGCAUUUGCUUUACUCUGUGUUAUAUGCUAUCUUUGGGGACCAUCUCAGAGUUCUCAAAGGUAUGCAUACUCGGAGGAAGUAGGAGAAGAGUUUGGUGAUGAAGAAGCCCAAUCUUUAACCAGAGGAACUCCGGAAGGUGAUAUUAGUUUAGUUAAGCAAGAGAUGAAUGAGAGGAAUGUUGAAGAUGAUGAUUUUGAUCCAGAAGAUGAUAUCGAAGAAGACAAAAGGGAAUGAUCCCUGAGAAGUCAUCGAAAAGUUCCUUAUGGUCAUGAUUUUUGCUGCAGAGCGUCUUUUUUGAAAACACAUCGAUGGGAAAAGUUUGCAAAAAUUCUCCAUCUUCAUGUAAGGUAGCUGUUCUUAAUUUUGUUGGAUAUCUCAGCAUCUAUACUCAACCAGGGAGAGUUUUACCAGUGUGACCAUGACAAAUCCAACCACUCCUUGACUUUCUAGAGAUUUCCCAGAAGUGACUGCUGCCUGUGUAUUUAACUUUCUUGAGCUUUUCAUUCCUGUAAAGCAUUAGUCUGCCAAAUUGUAAUGUGGACCUAUGUAUAAUUGUGGACUUGUCGCAUCAGAGGAGCUGUCCCCAAAUGAUCACAAACUGAGAACCAACCAGCAACUACAGGUAUGAAACUGUUUCAUCCAUUAGUAAAACAAUGUUGAG